AUGGCCGACGGCACCACUGCCUGCACAGAGCGACAGACCCCCAGUGACUGGGCAGCAGCCUUCCAAGGAAGUUUUGAGGCCGUAUGCAAGCGGUUUUGGGACCACCUAGAGCAUAAGCACCAGCUACUUACACCAUCACAGGUCAGUGAGUUGACCAAAGCACCCACAGCACAACAGCCGGCCAGGGCUGUAUACCCUGAACAGCGCAAGAUCAGAGUGUGGCCGGCGAAGCCCCAGCUGGGUAAAGCUACCGACGAAAGCUCACCUGGGACGAGAGCUGAAUGGGGUGCGACCCCUCCACACCACACACGCCAGCGGAGGAGUGCAAGGCACCCUCGAAAGCAUCGAGUGUGGCCCAACGCAGCCGCAAACUGA